AGUUAAGGAACAAAAGGGAGGAGAGGCUCAUCAACAUGAGGCUGCACCACAGAUGGGAGGACAUGAAAAGUGACAAGGAUUUUAAAAAGACUCUGGAGUUCAGCAGGAACAUCUCAAUAUUCCUCAAUGUGACGAAGAAAAAGCUAAAAGGCCAUGGAGGAGCCCAAACAUUAGCUUGAUUUACAGCGGUGGCAACAGCAAAGCGGCUUUCCAGCCUGAUCCUGAUCAGGACAAAAACAGGAGAGACGAUGUUUUACUGUCAGAGGAUUGGAAGGGGAAAUGCUGAGUCAUGGAAACCAUCGUCAAACAGCUGAGUGAGGAGGAGGAGGGCAGACCUUCAUCAUAUUUUCCUGUUCGCAGUGAAAUGUUGUGAAUCACACAUUCUGACAAACUGUGACAGCCAAACGUUUUCCAUGCUGCCUGUUGGACUUUUGAUUAAUUUUGGUUAAAAAAAAGAGACAAACAGUUAAAACGGACAAAUUCCUCCGAUGUUUCAGUUCGUUCAGGUUUUAUUGGUUCCAUUAAAUGUUUUUAUUCAAAACAAAAGGAUCCAGUUUUUCAGCAGAAAGACACAAGAGGCAUUAAAUUAACAACCUUUAAGCAGGUGGAAAUGAUCUGAUGAUCAGAGGAUUUGGAGGGAUUCAGUCACAGAGCAGGAAAAUCCAACAUGUGAGAAAAAUGGUGGAAAAACUUCAACCUGGAAAAGAAACGGCAGCGUUUGAUAAAAAGAAAGAAAAAGAUCCGCGCCUGCAUGAUGCCGCCAUGUUUCCCUGAUCCGCCUGGCUGGCAGCCAUCAGCCUCCAAUCAAUAACCAAUGAGCUCCUGAGGAGGGAACCGGAGGAACCCAGAUCCAGUUCUGAACUUGAACUAAAGUCACGAGAUAAACAAAAGUUCUUCAGAGAGGCCUUGGCCUCAGACUCGUCCUGUUGUGAGCGGACCGCUUUCCUGAUGCCACCAUGCCCAUCAUCAGCAACACCAACCACGACUUCAGCAACCUGUCGCUCAGCGACGACAGCAGCCUGGACCGCAUCUUCACCGAGAUUCCAGAGACUGAGACCAUCAAGGGCGUCUACUACCAGAGGGCGCAGUUGAUCCAAAGGCCGGAGGACCUGGUGUCGGUGGACCACGCCCUGCUGGCUGUGAUCAACGUGGGGGGAAACCGCUACACCUUCCCCUGGACCACCCUGCAGCAGUUCCCCCUCACCAGACUCGGCCGACUCUGCGGCUGCCGGUCGCUUGAGGACAUCGCCAGCGUGUGCGACGACUACGACGAAACCAGGAAGGAGUUCUUCUUCGACCGCUCUCCGUCCGCCUUCAAGGUCAUCCUCAACUUCCUGGCGGCGGGAAAACUGCGGCUCCUGCGAGAGAUGUGUGUUCUUUCCCUUCACGACGAGCUGAACUACUGGGGGGUAGAGAUGGCGUACAUGGAGCGCUGCUGCAAGAGGAAGAUGUACACCCGCAUCGAGGAGGUUCACGACAAGGAGAGGCGGGAGGAGGAGCGGCGGCAGAGAAACGCCAUGCAGCGCCUGCCGGUGGAGGAAACCCGGUACAGGAAGGUGAUGAACUGGCUGAGGGACAUGGUGGAGAAUCCUCAGUCCGGCCUGCCGGGGAAGAUCUUCGCCUGCCUGUCCGUCAUCAUGGUCGCCGUCACUGUGGUCAGCUUGUGCAUCAGCACCAUGCCUGACCUCAGAGAGGAGGAGGACAGGGGCGAAUGUUCCUCCAAAUGCUACAACAUGUUCAUCAUCGAGACGGUGUGUGUGGCCUGGUUCUCCCUGGAGUUCGUCCUGCGCUUCGUCCAGGCCCGCAGCAAGCUGGACUUCCUGCGCGGGCCGCUCAACAUCAUCGACGCCAUGGCCAUCCUGCCCUACUACGUUUCCCUGGUGGUGAGCGAGGAGGACCAGAACCGGGAGACGGACCGGCCCGGCGGAGGUAAGGGCUACCUGGACAAGCUGGGGCUGGUGCUGCGGAUCCUGCGGGCGCUGCGGAUCCUGUACGUGAUGCGGCUGGCGCGCCACUCGCUCGGCCUGCAGGUUCUGGGCCUGACGGUUCGCCGCAGCACGCGGGAGUUCGGCCUGCUGCUGCUCUUCCUCUGCGUCGCCGUCACGCUCUUCUCCCCGCUGGUUCACCUGGCCGAGAGCGAGCUCACCGGCCCGCACGACUUCAGCAGCAUCCCCGCCUCCUACUGGUGGGCCAUCAUCUCCAUGACGACGGUGGGGUACGGCGACAUGGUGCCGCGCUCCAUUCCCGGCCAGGUGGUGGCGCUGAGCAGCAUCCUGAGCGGGAUUCUCAUCAUGGCGUUUCCCGCCACCUCCAUCUUCCACAUGUUCUCGCGCUCCUACCAGGAGCUGAAGAUGGAGCACGACCGGCUCUUCAAGGAGGAGGUGGCAGCUGCAGCAGCCGCCGCCGCCACCGGGGGCGCUGCGGAGCCGCAGGGGGGGGACGCGAGGUCGCCCCCUGCUGGGCCUCCGGACCAAACCAAGGAGCUCUGCAUGGAGGCGCUGCUGCAGGAAGCCAACAACCACAGUCUUCCACCUGCGGCUUUCUGAAGGUUCUUCACGAAACUUUACAGCUGCAGUUUGCAACUUUAAUAAAAUUUUAAAAAAAGGCUUUGAUAUAUUUGAUAAAACUGUCUCCAUGUUGUGACAGUAGCUGCGUUUCUAUUCCAAAUAUGAGCUAAUUUUUGUCUAUAUUUUGCUCAUGUCGAAAAGCAAAAUUUCUCUAUUUCUGUGUUUUCAUUGAAACUGCAGUUUGUAACUUUUACAUAAAAUAUUUUAUUUGUUGAAACUGUCACCAUAUUGUGACCAUUUCAGACAGAUAAUCUGUGAAAUAAUGAAGCUCCUCUGUUUUCUACCAACUUGAAACAACCAAUCAGAGCCAGGAGGCGGGUCUUAAUGCUGUCAAUCACAGUCUCAUGUCAGCAGAUCCUAGCAUGAAUGCUAAUGCUAGUUAGCUUAGCCAUUGAUAAUGAUGGUGCUGUAACUGUAAGUUGUUUUGCCAUUAGCACAUUUAGCAUUGAUUGGCAGCGCUAAGCCCCUCCUCCUGACUCUGAUUGGUUGUUUUUGGUUAAUCUCUGGCAGUAGCAGGUCCGGGAGGAGAUGGAUCUGUUCAGAUUAUCAGUCUCAUAAACUGUCAUGACAUGGAGACAGCUUUAACAAAUUAAAAAACAUUUCUUUAUAAAAAUUAUAUACUGCAGCUUUAAAUAAAAAAUUAAAUUCAAAUCCUCCACGAAUAAGCUUGUUCAUGCGCGUAGUUGUUAAUGGCAGCGACGGAUGUAAACACAUGAGAUAUAUUCAUUAUUCAGCUGCUAGAGCUCAUCAUCUAUCAGCCAAUCAGAGGAGAUGUCGGCGUUUUACUCAGCAACAAGCCCCGCCUACUCGGGAGUGGCUACUUAUACAGCGUUUUGGGGAAAAUUGUAGUCGGCUACAGGAGAAUUAUGGAUUCAACAUGUUGGAACGACUCGACCUUUUAUGAACUGAUGCUGUUAUGCUCUAGUGGAGCUGGCUGCACAAAAACAAACAAAGAAAACCACUUCCUGUUGUCUUCUUUGGCGUUUCUGGCAGUAGUAACAUCCGGCUGUUGAUCAUGUUUCGAUACGGCUGAAUAGCCUCAUCAUCCUUGUGCAAAAACGUUUCAGCAAAAACUAGCCUUAGCAUUUAUGGCUA